AUGGAAGAAACCGGGACCUUCUUCUCGAUUCACUCCCUCGUAAUGCCUCUGCAAACGGUGGAUUCAUUACCGCCACUAUUGGCCAGGGCUCCGACAAAGUUUACGCUCUUGCUAUGUGCAAAGGAGACUCUACUCCAGACGAAUGUUUUAGCGUUGUCAAUGAUACAGUCCACGAGCUCAUGGACACUGUCCCAACCAGAAAGAGGCCUAUUCAUGGACAGGGGCCUAUUCACGGACAGGGAUUUCUCUGUUGUGCACUAUGCAGAUCACUCAUUUUUCGGAACCUUGGAGCUAGAACCCGCUGCGGCAGUGGUGAGGAAGGCUUCCAACGGUUCUUCUAGUCUCAAGUAUGCAACUGGUGAAGCGAAGCUUGGAGCAUUCCAAAGGAUAUAUUCACUAGUGCAGUGCACUCCGGAUUUAUCGGAGCAGCAUUGUGACUCCUGUCUAACGCAAUCCGCAAGUUACUAUGAAAGCUGUUGCCAUGGGAAGCAAGGAGGUGUUGUUUGGAGGCCUAACUGUUAUUUCCGGUGGGAUAUGUAUCCCUUCUAUAGACCCAAUGCUUCUACUGCGGUGUCUUUGUCUCCUCCACCCUCACCUUCUAGUCCUCCUCCACAGUCAGUGAACUCCGAAAUCAGAAAAGAAGGGGGAGGCAUUUCAUCCCGAACAUUAGUCAUUAUAGUUGUUCCCAGCGUCACCUUCAUCGUAGUGCUUGUCAUACUUGGAAUUGUUGUUCUUCCCAUGAGGAUCAAGAAAAAGAAACAGAAUGAUCAAAAUAACAAGAUGCACGUUGAAUCGUUGCAAAUCGACUUUCAUGCAGUGAGAGCUGCAACAGAAAACUUCUCCGAUGCAAACAUGCUUGGACGAGGUGGAUUCGGUCCUGUUUAUAAGGUCAUUUAA